AUGCCCCUCGCCUCCCUGCUAGUUCUGUGGGCGUGGGCGUGCGUGGGCGUGGCUCAGGACGCCCGUGUGGAGGUGGAGCUCCGUCAGGGUCGCAUUUCCGGUGCCAGCGAGAGGGCCGGCUGGGGGGGGCGGUGGUACGGCUUCAGGAGCAUCCCUUACGCCGUGGCACCUGUUGGGGACCUGCGAUUCAGGGACCCACGGGCGGCCGGAUCGUGGGCGGGCGUGAGGAACGGAUCCCUGGCGCCCCCGCUGUGCCCUCAGGUCGACGCCACGCCCGGGGAAGAUGGGGAGGCGGUGGUCAUCGGGGAGGAGGACUGCCUCUACCUCAACGUCUUUACGCCAAGGCCCUUCCCCUCGAACUUGCCUGUGAUGGUGUGGAUCCACGGGGGGGCUUUCCUGGUGGGGGGGACUGGGGAGUACGGCCCCCUCCCGCUCCUCACGAGGGACGUGGUGCUGGUGACGCUGCAGUACCGCCUCGGCACCCUAGGAUUCUUGUCCACGGAGGAUUCUCUACUUCCGGGUAACCUCGGCCUAAAGGACCAGACGCUGGCGCUCCGCUGGGUCAGGGACAACAUCCGUGACCUCGGCGGCGACCCAGACAAGGUCACGGUCUUCGGUCAGGGCGCCGGGGCUGCCUCCGCGCAUUUCCAGGUGCUCAGUCCACAGGCUAAAGGUUUGUUCCGUCGUGCAAUAUUGCAAUCCGGCAAUGCACUAAGCCCCUGGGCACUGAGGAGAGAUCACAGACAAACAGCCUCUGCAGUUGGCCAAGUGUUCAACUGUUCAGCGGCGAAGAACAUUUCGAAUAUCAACUCUUCUCUCUCCGCACCUGGCAACCUGAACAGCACCGCUCUGGUGGACUGCCUGAGAACGAUUCCUUUUCAACAGCUCGUGGUCAUUCCGUCGGCGUUUGUGAAGUGGCUCAGCAUCCCCCAGGUGAUGACCCCCCGUGUGGAUGGCGCCUUCCUGCGCGCCCACCCAGCCUCGCUCUUACAAAGUGGCCUUUAUAACGAAGUCGACCUCAUCUCAGGGGUGACGGAAGUCGAGGCUGCUCUGCCCGCCCUUGGUAAGGUCUCCUCUGUUGUAUUUUUCGUCCGUUCUCGCUGCGAAGUCUGUUAUUGUUGUUGUAUUCUCUGCCCGCCCUUAGUGAGUGCAUUGUUGCUGUUGUAUUAUCUUCCCGGCCUUGGUGAGUACUCUGAGGCGGUGGUUGUAUUCUUUGCUCUCCCUUGGUGAGUAUUCUGUUGUCUUUGAUAUUUUUUGUCCAUCCUUGAUUAGUGUUCUGUGGCAGUUGUUGAAUUUUCGACUUGUUUCUUACAAAAAC